AUGGCCAUGGCUAGUGAGAGAGUUAGAGUAGAUCAAUCAUUCAAAAACAAAACCUCCAUUGUAGAUAUCCAUAUUUUGGUUGUAGAUGAUGAUACUACAUCUCUUGCCAUUGUUUCUGCGAUGCUUAGAACAUGGAAAUAUGAUGUUGUGGCUGUUAGAAACCCACUGGAUGCUUUGGCUACUCUCCGGAUGCAAAAAUUCGACCUUGUUAUUACAGAUCUGCAUAUGCCUGUAAUGAAUGGGCUUGAAUUGCAAAAGCAAGUCGAAAAAGAAUUCAAGCUGCCUGUGAUUAUGAUGUCCGCUGAUGAUGAAGAGAAUGCCAUGUUGAAGAGUUUAGAGGGUGGAGCUGCUUUCUAUAUGGUGAAACCAGUAAGCCCAGAAGACCUCAAAAAUUUAUGGCAGUAUGCUGUUGCAGCUAAAAAAGGCAAAUCUGUUGUUAUCGAAGAAGUCAAAAACACUCCAGCUAAAUCAUCGGUUGUUUCUUGCGAGAAAAAACAAUCUGCAGAAUCAUCUGUGAAUCAAGAAAAACAUGAUAAAAAGGAUUCCAAGAGAAAGGGUGCCCCAAAAAAGGGAAAGGAAGAUGGGAAUCAAAAGAGUCGUGGAGCCCGUAAAAGGCCAAAGGUGAUUUGGACAACUUCACUUCACAACCGAUUCUUGGAAGCCAUAAAGCAUAUAGGCUUGGACAAGGCUGUGCCUAAGAGGAUUCUCGAGAUCAUGAAUGUGCGGGGCUUAACUAGAGAAAAUGUCGCCAGUCAUUUACAGAAGUAUCGUUUAUUCCUAAAGAGAGUCGCGGAAAGAGGUCUUUACACCUCAAAGGGCUUGUCUAUGAGAUCAAGCUUUGCCUCUGGUCUUCCUCCAUCACUCUUAUUCAAAAAUUUCCAACAAAACUAUCCGCAAUUCCCAGAACAGCAACAAAGGAGAACAUCUAUGUUCCAACCAGGAUUUGGAGGUAAUUUUAUGACACUUAAUGGUUCUGUCCUUGGUGGUAUCCCUUCUAAUAGGGCAUCUUCAAGUGGAGCUCAGUUUGGAUAUGUGGAUCCCUUUAAUGCUCUUAACAUAGGCCCUGCCCAUUUUCCCGUUAAGCAUAAUUCUUCAAGUUCAAACUUUGUGCCUCAACUAGGACAAGAGCAAUGGCGCUCAUCAAACAAUCUUCAGCAGCCAUUGUUUGGAAACAUAAAUAGUCCUCCUCUUUAUCAGGCAAAUCGUCCAGUUUUUGCUAACAAUGUUGGAUUGAAUUUUCCAUCGCUGGGAGAUAUGACAUGUGGCCCUAAGAACAAUGCUACCAAUGGUCUAGUGAAUACUUCAAAUUGUAAUGACACAUACCCACAACAAGCUCAACCAAUUAGGUCUCAUCUUCGAAAUGAUUCCAUGUUGAACUACAACUUUUACACACCUGGAAUUCUCAACCCUAGUUAUAUUCCAGAAACUGCGAACAAUACGGGGUCUCUCAACAGUUCCAAUGCAGCUCCAAAUUUUGGCAAUAACAACAGUGUUAAUGCUAGAAUCCAAAUAACUAAUGGGAGAGAGCUAAUUGGAACAAAUGAAAAGAUUUUCAUUGACAAUGGGACACCAAAUGGUCCUUACAGUGGCUAUGGAAUGUUGAAUGGGCACAAUGACAAUAUCGGUCUUGCAACAAUGAGGAAUGGAACUUUUGGUAAAAACAUGGAACAAGGAGAGUCUUCUUCUGCUGGGUUUGAGAAUGCAAACCAAUUGCAACCAUGGUUUAACAGUGUCAAUCAACAAGAAAAUGGUUUGCCAAUAUUUCAAACACAGUCACAGCAACAACCCAAUCUUGUGAAUGGAGGAGAAAAUGACUAUCCCUAUGAUGAUCUGCUGCAUGCCAUUUCUCUCAUGCCAAACUUAGGGGAGGAUGAUCUCAAUGAGCUUUUCUUGGAGGAAACCUACAACCAGCCUCCUUCUCAGCAACAAGGUGCGGAAGAAGAACCUUUUGAAGAGAAUCCUCUUGUGAAUGAACUCCAAAUUCUUGAACUUUCUGGUUCAUCCAGUCUUGGAGAGAAUCCACCUUUAAGUGAACCAGCCUUUAGCCAGAAUCAAGGCGGAGAACAACUAGUGGACUUGGACUUUGAUGUCGACAUGUUUAUUUCGGCGGAAAGCCCUGAUCAAGACCUCAACGAGCAACAACUCGCGAGCUCAAAUGAUCUCUAUGGCAUGUCUCAGGUGGAGAAUAAUGUUAAUACCCCAUUGGAAAGCCAGGCAUGA